AUGGAGUCUUCAGAUCCAUGCCCUUCUCGACGGCAGUCCCCAGCUCCUGAGCAGACUGUCAUGAUCGAUAACAAGAUCACCGACAAUCCAGACUUCACAAAAUGGCGCAGACAAGACCGUCCGAUCUACAGCGGUCUCAUUGGUAUGUUGUCACCAUCAAUUCAAUCGCUUGUUACGAACACCAAGAUGGCACAUGAUGUCUGGAAAUCCCUAAAUGCGACCUAUGCCACCCCAAGCCGCGUCCACAUUCAACAACUCAGGCUGCAACUAAAACAUUACACAAAAGGAGACAAGACUAUUGAUGAGUAUAUGAGAGGACUCACCAGUCGUUUUGAUCAACUCGCACUGCUUGGGAAACCUUUGAAGCACGAAGAUAAGAUCGAGUUCGCCAUUGACGGACUUCCUGAAGAUUACAAAACCGUUGCUGAUCAAAUUGAGGGUCGAGACACUACUCCAUCCAUUGUCGAAAUUCAUGAGAAACUUAUCAACAAGGAAGCAAAGAUCUUGUCUGCAACAACGCCAGCUUCUACUGCAAUCCCGAUGACAGCAAAUAUGGCUACUCAGCGCCCAAAACAGAACCAAUCAUACCGAGGCAACAACAACAACAGCAACUGGAGAAACAACAACUACAGACCCAACCAGAACAACCCUCACAAACAAGAGAACCGUGCGAGGCGAAGCCCUCAGAUGCAGCAACAGCCCUUCAACUCCGCAAGCUCACCGUUCCGUCCGUGGCAACCUCGCGUAAACGUUGCUCUCGCUGCUCAAUAUCCCUCCACUGCGUGGCUGAUGGACUCAGGUGCUACGAACCACAUCACCAGUGAUCUACACAACAUGGCGUUUCAACAACCUUACCUCGGCGAUGACUCCGUGAUGAUUGGCGAUGGGACUAGCCUUUCUAUCACACACACUGGUUCUAUAUCCCUUCCUUCUACUGCACGCAAUCUAUUUUUGAACAAAGUGAAGGAUCUCAGCUCGGGGGUCCCGUUAAUCCAAGGCAAGACCAAGGAUGAGCUCUACGAGUGGCCAGCCCAACCAUCUACCCUCCAAGCCUUUUUCACCUCUGCUCCACCAAAAAUAAGCCUCGCUAAUUGGCAUUUUCACCUCUGGAGUUCUCCCAUUGUCUCCAUUGAUAACUACAAAUACUACCUUGUGCUCGUUGAUCAUUACAGCCGCUACACAUGGCCCUAUCCCCUGAAGUUAAAAUCCCAAGUUAAGGAAACCUUCAAGGCAUUCAAACUGCUUGUCAAGAACCACUUCUCCACCAAAAUUGGUACAUUAUAUUCAGAUAAUGGAGGCGAAUUCAUUGCUCUCCGUCACCUCCUAUCAGACGCAGGAAUCUCCCCUCCACACACUCCCGAACACAAUGGCAUCUCAGAAAGGAAGCACAAACAUGUUGUUGAAACCGGUCUCACCUUACUAACCCAUGCGUCUAUGCAGAAACAAUACUGGUCGUAUGCUUUCUCAACAGCCACCUAUCUGAUCAACCACUUACCUACUGCCGUUCUUGGAAUGGACUCACCCUUUCACAGGCUGUUUGGUACUCAGCCGAACUAUACCAAGACCAGAGUCUGCGGCUGCCUCUGUUUUCCUUGGUUACGACCUUAUAAUAAACAUAAACUUGAAGAUCGCUCCAUGCCGUGCGUCUUCAUCGGCUACUCCCCCACCCAAAGUGCGUACCUAUGCCUUCAGACUCACACUGGUCGCAUCUAUGUGUCCAGAUAUGUACGUUUCGACGAAACUGUCUUUCCCUUCAAAACCAAACCAACGCUUCCCCUCACAUCGUCCUCACCAAACCAACCCUCUACCAUAUCUUACCCACAAGCAACCUCAAUACCUAUAUCAACUCCACCUCCACCUCCACCAACCGCUCCAGCUCCAACCUCACCACUCGUAGAGCAAACGGGGACCUCGAGCUCGGAGCCUCACCAGUCAGUACAGGUAAAUUCUUCAACACCUACUUUAAGUAUUACUAACGGUGGUGGUGCUACUCCAGACUUAUCUACAGGUUCAGCUUCUUCGCCAGCCACAAGCGAACAAAGCUCGAAUUCCUCUCCGUCUGAUUCUGCAACUAACAACCAGUCACAGCACCCUCAAGACUCUGCUUCUCAGCCGCAGUAUACUCCGACAACUUCAUCGUCUUCACCAACACCAUCCACACCGCCACCUUCUCCUCCACCUCCUGACAAUGCUCAUCUGAUGGUGACAAGAUGGAAGAAUCAGAUCUCUAAACCGAACCCCAAAUACAACUACUCUGCGGCAUUAUCAUCUACUGUGCCGGCAGAACCAAACACUCUCACUCAAGCUCUAAAAGAUAAGAAAUGGCGGGGCUCGAUGUCGACUGAAAUAGAUGCGUUUGCUCAAAAUGGCACCUACAGUGUGGUUCCUCGACAGCCACAGUACAAUGUCGUCGGGCGUCGGUGGCUACACAAGAACAAGUUUAACUCCGAUGGUACUCAUCGCUUCGCUGCUGCAAGUCACGAUUAG